CUCUCUCAAACACACUCAGUAAUCCUUAUAGAACUGAAUUUAUCAUUUGAAAAGAGAAUGGCUUCAAAGAACUCAGUCUCCCUUGCUCUUUUCUUUGUUCUUAACAUCCUCCUUUUCACCUUAACUGCUGCAACUGAUUGUGGCUGUAGUCCUAAACCGAAGCUGAAGCCAAGCCCAAGUCCUAAGCCACCCACACAUGUCCCAACUCCAUCGGUCCCAAGUCCUAAUCCUAGGCCGGUCCCACCUCCCAGCACCCCUGGCUCGUCCGGAAACUGCCCUAUAGAUGUCCUCAAGCUCGGUGUAUGUGGAAAUGUCCUAAGCGGCCUACUCAACAUACAAUUGGGUCAGCCAUCAGCUCAACGAUGCUGCUCGGUUGUCCAAGGUUUGGUUGACCUUGAGGCUGCAGUUUGUCUUUGCACUGCUCUUAGGGCUAACGUUCUCGGAAUCAACCUUAACGUUCCUAUAUCUCUCAGCGUUCUUCUCAACAAGUGUAACAAGAAGGUUCCAUCUGGUUUCGAAUGCACUUGAAUCAGCUAUGCCCACGACGCCGCACACAGUUUCCUCUUCAACAUAUUUACAGUUUGAAUAAAUGCAUGCAAGCUAGAAUUUAAAUAUUGAAUCUUGCAUUUUGUUGUAAGUGAUAUAAUAAGUGUGAGAGUUUUAUUGUUUUUUUUUUUUGUACACGUUUCCCAUCUUUAGUGCUUGUAUGUUUUUGUAGACUA